AUGUCGUCGUUACCUCCGAUUGAUAAAUCCAAACCUGACUUGCACCACGGGAAUCAAAACGAAUUGCAAGCGGUCGGUUUACAGAAAUUCCACGACUUUUUCAAAUCGAAAGCGACGUCGAUCCCGUUCGACUCGUCUUCAAUGGAAAUGCCCGGCAAGAUUGGUAAAUCUGUGGACAUUCGCGUCGGGCCGAACUUUGAUUUAUACCCGCUUUUGGAUGCGGCGUUGCCGCUGGAAAAACCGAAAUUAGGGAAAUUUGAUCUCGAGAUUUGGCAGAAAGCGUUGGAUUUCGGGAAGCAAAAAUACGACACGUUUGAACUGUCCGAGAAAGAGAAAGGGGUGGUGGCUUUAGUCAUACGGCAGAAAAGGCAAGCAGAGUUACAGGCGAAACAACAGGCGGAGUUACAGGCAAAACAACAACUGGUAGGGUUGACCGCUGCUCCGGCGGCGGCCGCGACCGCGGCGCAGCAACAACCGUCGAAACAACUCACCAAAGAAGAGGAAGAGGCGGAGAAGAAACGAUUAAAACGAGAGAAGAAAGCGAGAAAAGCGGAGAAGAGAGAACGGAAAAGAGUGAAACGGGAGAAUCCAAACAUGGAAGGCGGCGGUGGAGGGGAAAACACGAAAACCGGGGACACGACGACUUCGAUGGGGACGAAGACCACCGCCGGUCCUACCGCUGGGACGUAUUCAACCGGAGGUACGAAGUCUUAG